GUUGGGAAUUCUGGGAGGGGCUUCACAGUGACCUCAUACUUCAUACAUUCUAAAUCUGAACCGGCAUUAUCCAAAUAUUCUACUUUUAAUCUAACCGCAGUGCAGUAAAAGCCUACAUCUAUUCAGCAUCUGUCAAUCUGACGUCUGUAUCCUUCUUCACAAAUCCAUCGCGCGACGCAGAGGCCUACAGUGCCACCCUACAUGAAAAAAAGGCCUUAUCAGACGAGCAUUAGGACCUGGGGGUGACUGGCGCUGCUCCUGGUGCUGCUGCUGCUGCUGCUGCUACACGUGCUAGUGACUAAAUCACUAUAUCAUGUCACAUCAGAGGCGUCAUUCUGUACAUUCUUUCCUAAAUUAAAUUCUGAAAUCCAAAAACAGUGAAUGUAAUCACCAUUCAUGCGAAAGUUUGCUUCAAGAUUAACCACACUGCUGAUGGGAUCUUAUCACUAGCACACUCUGAGCACAUCUCUGAGGAUGAAGAUUGAAAACAGCCUCCCCUGCUCUCAGCUCCCUGAGGCCCCUCCUCAGACCGGGCUCCAUUUUACAGUGGCAACGGAGGAGGACUUUGAUGACAUCAUGGCUAUGAGUAAGGAUAUCUAUGGCGGCCUGGACUAUCUUCCCUCCCGCUAUCAAGCUUGGCUGCAGGAGAGCAACCGCACUGUCGUUUUGGCUCGCAAGCAAGGAAAAGUGAUUGCACUGGAGUCGGUGUGUGUUAUUGAUGAUGGGGAGACCAUGCUGGUGGAAGGGCUUCGUGUUGCCCCUCAGGAGAGGGGGAAAGGUGUUGCAGGGGUACUUCUUCGGUUUUGCUCUCAACUGGUUAAGUCCAAGUACCCUGACGUUAAAGUCAGCAGGCUGACAAGAGAUGACCAGCUGGGGCCAAAAGACUUCCAGAAGUACCGGCUCAUAACCAAACAGGGAAUCCUCCUGGUGCGCUUCCGUGCUGAAGACCUAAAAUUACGCCUUGCUGAUCUUGGGCCUAAUAUCACUGUAGCGGGGGAGGGUCUGUCCACCACAAACAUCCCGAUCCGUUUGGAGCCAGCAGAGGUGCAUCAGCUCUUCCUAAGCGAUGUUCUAAUGAAGCGUGUCCUUCCCAAUGCCACCAUCGUUCAAGAUUGGCAGCCUUUCAAGCCUCUGCCUAGCAACAUGGCCAUCCUGCUGAAGAAGGAUAUUGAUUGGAUGGUUGAUGAUUCCCGGCGCCCAACCAUGGCCAGCUUGUGCACCUUCCCAUUCCAUGUGCCAAUUGGUGAUGACUGGUACUACCUCAACAUCGAUAUGUUUGGUAAAGACCUGACACUGGCCAUACAACAGCUGUUGUGCCACCUGAGGUGCCACACUGGCACUCUGAAGGGUUACGUCAUGUGUCAGGUGUUCCUGGAGCCUGCGCUGUGGAAGCCUAUGGCUGAUUUCUUUAGGGAAACCCUUAAAGUGGAGCUGGUGAAGGAGUACACAGAGCAGUGUGUUGUGGAGUCUGAUGUCGUUUAGUCGAGGAGCAUCAGAAACACCUUACCUUAAAAUUAGACACCAAACCUACAUAAACUUAAGGAACUUUAAUAUCUCCGUCAAAUAUAGCAACUAAAAGAAACAAAAAAACACCUAAUAUGUCUACUAUAAAGGGACAAAAAAAACUUCAGUUCUAUUCCGCUUAAUGAAAUUGCUCUCAUAGGUUUUAAUUUAUUUUAACAACAAUUAAUUUAAAAAAGGCAUGCAAGUGAACAAACUAGAAUAAAAGCAGUAGACGCUUGUUUAGGUUACUUCAUUUAUUUCCAUAAGCAGUACUGUAAAUAGUGGCGCUGAAUGGAGAGGGACUGGAAAAGAGGGAAGCAGUUUCAGAUUCUGUAAAAUAGGGACCCAAAUUGUUCCAGGCCCUUUCAUUUCUGUCAGCAUCACUGACAGUGAAAGCAUAUUUACUCAUGCUGAGUUGAAAAGAAAACUGCACAAACUUUAGGGCACUUUAUGAUAAAAAAUGGGGUCACACUUUAGUGUCUGUUGCUUUUUCAGAAUGUGGCACUGUAGCUGCUAGGGUAUUUAGAGGAAAAUCAGAAAAACAACAUUUUUAGGACUAUAUAACAGGCUGUCCAAAAUAUGGAGACCAAAAUUGUCUUUAAAGGCAGUUUUAAUUAUCCUGAAAAUGCAAAACAUUUCCACAUAGGGAAACAUUUUAUUUCAGACUUUCUAAUGUGUGACCCAGGACCACAAAACCAGUCAUAAGGGUCAAUUUUUCAAAAUUGAGAUUUAUACAUCAUCUGAAAGCUGAAUAAAUAAGAUUUCCAUUGAUAUAUGGUUUAUUAUUAAGAUCGGACAAUAUUUGGCCGAGAUACGACUAUUUGAAAAUCUGGAAUCUGAGGGUGCAAAACAAAUCGAAAUAAUGAGAAAAUCUGGUUUUGUGCUCCAAGGUCACCUAUGCUCCUUGAAAAAUUAGUAGUACUUCCUCUAAAGGUACUUUGCAGUGCUUUAAACUCUGUAUAAAAUGAUAAAUGUCUGGCUAAGAACUUGCUUAUACAUUUAGAUUACAGUCUCAAGUUUUUGCUUUAAGUACUUGAACCUGUUUGUUAAAAUGACGUUCUAUCAGUAUUUGUACCUAACUGUAGAAGUGCAGUUGUGAUAAUACACUGGAAUAUUGCUUGAAGUACAUACAGUUAGAUAUGAUUAAUAACUAAUAAUGGAACAGGCAUGUAUAAUUGUUUAAAAUUUUUAUAAAUUGACUGUUUGAUAGGAUCACAUUUAAACACAAAAGGAAAUAUAAUUAGGGAUAAAUACGGUAUAUAUAAUUAAAUGUUUAAAUGUUGUUAUAGUUCAUUAUAAAUAAUUUAGUUUAGAAUUUAACUGAGACAUCACUAUGUAGUGAUUUUGUUACAUCAUAUACAUUUCAUAAGAAACAUGAUCUUAAGGAAAUUCCUCUGAAUCUGGUGCUCCAAUAAAAAAAAAUUAUAAUAAUUACAUUAAAUUAAAUCUUCAGCUGACUUAGUGUGAUCCACCCAUGGAAAUCAGUAAAACGAAUCAGGACGAUUGGAAACCUUAGCAAAACAAGUGACAACUGCUCAUCUCUAUGAAGAGUUUGUGAAUUUCUUGAAGUGAUAUUUUGAAGUUAAAAGACGGACACGAUCUGCCAGUGGAAAAAAAUGAAGGAAGUCAACAUAAUGCAGAAGAUAAAGGACAUCUCCUUCUGAUGGCCUGAAAUGAAGAAAGUAAAGUGAAAGACAACCAAGAUGAAUAAAGAAGAACAGAAAGACAUGUUUAUAACCAUAUUUAUUUUGCCCCAAACCCAGAUUUCACGUUGCUUUUUUCCUGAAGCACUGUGUCAGAAUGAGAGAGAGACACAGUCCACACGAGCAAAUGCAUCAUUCUUUAUUUCUUAAAUGGUUACAUUUUGGUAAUAAUUAGGAGGAUCACUGGAAACAAAAGUUCAAUUAAUUUAAUAGGAAACGCCGUACCAGGUGUAGUUUAAGAACUCACAAUUUGUCGUACAGAUUUGAAUCUAAAUCUGUAUCCGCUAAACUUAAACCAAGAACUGUAUUCUUUUUACUAACUAUGUGUCUGGUUUGACUUCAUUUGGUGGAGUUAUUUUGUGCCCUUGUAUGAACUCUCAACAUCCGGCGAAAAGGAGGCCUCCUCUCCUUCAUUUGGACAGAUGCAUGUGGGACUUGUAAUGCGGUCAGUAUUUAUACAUGGUCUUUUUUUGAUUCUGAAAUUCAAGGCAUUUUACAGAUCAUUAACUCUAAUUCUAAUGACAGUUUAUCUCAUUUGUAUAGGUGUACAUAUAUACAUUUAUAUGUUUGUUUGGGACGGGGAUUCUAUGAUAAGGGACUCUUUGUUAAAAAAUCUUUCAUGGCUGAAAUCUCAAAAUCCUUCAUGUCUGCCAUGUGCUUUCAGAGGAAAUCAGUCAGUUUUCUCAAAAUAAAAAAAGUGUCUGUUGGCCUUAAAAAAGCUACAAAUGAUGUAAGUAAUAGUGAAGCGUCCCUGAUAUGCUUUUAUUAAUUUGUCUUUUUCUCCGUCUAAAGCACUCGUCAUCCAGACAUGAACGGAUUAAAGACUCUAAAUGUGUAUGUUAUGUGUUUCUGUCGUACAUAGUGCAGUGCAUUUAGAUUGAAGUCUUAUUCACUCACUGGCCUCUAUAUUUAGCGGCUACAUUUGCUAAUCCAGUAAUCGUUUAAGAAUAUUUCUACGUUUCAAUAUUUCAGCUCCACCUUUUAACACUUUGGAUGUCUAAUGGCUGAGUAUUAGUGAAUUGUGCAGGAGGUUGUAACUCUAUAUUUUACACAGGUCCUAAAGAUUAGAGGCAUGUGACCACCUGAUGGUGAAGAGAUGUAAAGGAUAUGUUACCCCUUGUUUCGCUGAACUUUAAACCCAUUUCUUUCAAUUAUGAGGUGGAUUUUCACUUUCUUUUUCUGGAACAGAAGGAGAUGAGAGAUGAAGCCAGGGCUAUUUUAGGAAUAGGUGGCGAGGAGAGGACGUGAUCCAGAUCAAGUUACGGCUCUAAAAAUGAGUAAACAUUCAUUUUGUAUUGUAAAGAUGACAACAGUUAGACUUGGAAUGAUUUAGAGCACUGUAAGUGACAAAAAAAGGGAAAGCGUCUUUAGGAAGAGAGGCCUUGUUUUAGUAACUAGCGGCUGCCCAGUGUUUAGGAGGACAACAUACGUAGACCAACCUAGACCAGGAUAUCUGUAUUUCCUAUACUCUGGUUUAUCAGACUCAGCAGUAAAGUAAUACCUUGAGUGCUAAGUCACAUGAAAGCAAAUAUAUUCAGACACUUGUUAUCCUGUGUGACUUUGGGCUAGUUAAAGUUUCAGAGCUCUGAGUAAGUGAAACUGGAUCUCGAGAGUGUCAUCUUGCGUAGAACAAGGGUUCACCCCAGAUUCCCUUUACCUUCCAUCUGAUCCCCGUCAGCUUGACACGUGGAAAUAGUGAGCAGGAAGGGUUAAAAUAAGAAGGCUGGGUUCCAGCCUUGUCAUAUGAAUGCACUGUCCUUUGCCACACUGCUCAGUACCUAUUCCUGAUUUUUAUGUUAUUUCACGAUGGCAUCUUUGUUGUUUUUCAUUGUCAUGACUGCUUUGUAAUGUUCAUAAAGGGUUUUAUGUGCAUUAGAAUCAGCUGUGUAUUGUAUGUUUUGUGAACGAGGGGAAAACCACCAGGGAGAUAGAUAUAUAUAUUUUUAUUCCAAGUCACUAUUUCAACCUUAAAACUUAACUGAAACCCUUAUCCAGGUGAUAUCAGUUUUUUUUUUAUAGAACUUGCACUAUCAGAGCUCCAACUCUGCUUCUCCCUUCGUUGUUUUCCGUAGAAAAAACAUAUAGGCCUACUGUGUCUGUACACAAAUGCUUCUGAAAUGGCUAAAUCACACGGGUGUUUUCGCCCGUGUUGCACUAAGCUAUUUUGUUACAUUUAAUCUACAAAUCUAAUGCAGUAUUUGGAGGUAAAAUGCAACUACAUCCUAAUGCAAAUUGUAUUUUAUCUCAUGCCAUGUCAGAAUCAUUCAAAUCUGAUUGGAUUAACCAUUCAUCUAGCUGUUCUGAUGUGCUGCACUUUAUACUGUAGAUAUGUAGAUAUUCCAAAGCACAGUUGGGAUCUUCAUAAAACAUCAAUGUGGGUUGCUGUAACAGUCAUGGUCAUUCAGUGGAUCAUGCUAGAUAUAUUUUUUUGUAAUCAGAAUAGGAGCAUGGGCCUAUCUGCGUAAUGUUUUAAAUUCAAGGGUAUUUUUAGUGGUGUGCUCUUGACUUUAUAGACGUAAAUGAAGUUCCUGCUUAGUGACCAUUGUCUGAAAAACCCAUGCUGUACCUUUCUGAAACCGCUGAUGGACAUAUCUACCACUGUCAGCAAAGCAGGGACCAUGUUUUCUACAGACCUCAAGAAGGUAGUGGUUUGAAUGUCCAUGUCAUCCAUUCUCUUGAUGCAGCAGUGGCUGUUGAGUUUUUGACUCAAGUCUUCCCAUUAGCCCUAGAUACAAAGUGGGUGUCAUGUUUUGUGUGUUUGUGCAGAAUAUAUAUUUAAAAAAAAAACUAUGAUGGGAAACUAUUGCUUAGAAAUGAGAUUUCUAAAAAACAAAAACAAAAGAACUCAUGGCCAACUGUCAAUCAAGAGGGUGAAUACAGUUUCAAUGCUAUAAAGGCAUUUUGAUUAUAUGAUAAAUUUUCCUUUUUUUAAGAUUUCUUUUUAUUAUUAUUACCCGAUAUGGCUGCUUAUUCUCAAGCAGUUAUGUGACAACUAAUGGAAAAUGUUUUAAUAUGUUGUUACCUUUGUCUGUUAAUUAUUUUUUUCAAAGAUUGUGAGAGAUGCAGAACUAUUUUAAUACAGUAAUUUUUUAAAAAACCUUAUAAUUCAUGAGAGGUUUUUGAAAUGUGCAUGUUGUGUGAGUGGGUGAGGAAAGGCUUUACAAUGAGCAUGCGAUUAGAUUUACAUUGAGCACAAAGACCCUGUACCAAUAUCUAAACAUUCAAAACCUGUUAAAUUGGAAUUGGUGAUAAUUGACAAAUUAAGUCUAGACAGGGUAUUUGAAAAUAGGAGUAAACUUUUUUUUUUUUGCCAUGAUACACAUUUUUAGAGACUUUCGGCUAUACUUAAUUUAUUGUAUAAAGGGGAUUUAAAAGUCUGAUCACUGAUAAUUUUGUUUCCUCUAUUUGCUUGCGGUAUUUUGUUGGAAUUGUGUGCAUCUCUAUAUACCUACUUCUUUGUAUGUUUUAAAAAAUAACUUGGCUUGAAUAUUUAAAUAUAAAAUAUAUAUUUAGAAAUGUUUCGAAAACCAGAAACUGUCACUUCUUAAAAUCAACAUUACAGCAACAUUCAUUAUGUGUAACCAGUGGUUUAACUAAAAAGGUAAUUAUAUGCUAGUAUUGCUAUUUUGUGUUUUUUCUUUUUUUUUUUUAUUUAAUUUUAAUUUUACCUCUUUUUUUAUAGUUUUUCUUUUUAUUUAUUUAUUUAUUGAGUACAUUGUUAAAUUGAAUACAAAUCCUGGCCAGUACACUCAUUUUCAGAAAUUAUUAGCAAAAUUCAUUAAAUUCCCUAUUCUAUGAAUUUAAUUAAUUCAAUUUAAGAUUAAAUUUGCCUUUACUAAAUGUUAUGUACCAAUGAAUGUUAGUAUAGGAGAUGCUUGGAUGAUCCAGAAUCAGUUUAAAGUGUGACUAGUCAUAUGGUAUGAAGUAACCUUAUCUUAUUUAAGUAAUGGAUAUGCCACUGGCCAUGAGGUCUGUGUGCUGUUGCAAUUUUUUUUUCUUUUUUUUUUUACUGUAACAAACAAUAUGUAAAUAAUUGAUGUAACAACAUCUAGAUAACAUCUAAAGUCAGAGCUUUGUCUCUGCUGUCAAGUGUGACGAAUAAUUCUAUUUAUAGUUUCUCAAAGAUCACACUGAAUGCAGUAGAAAUCCAGGUGUGAACCCCAUGGAAACACAACUGUUUUCAUUCUGCCAUUUAAAAAAAGCCCAAACCAUAAGUUCAAGACACAGUCUUUGACAUAACCUAAAAUGUUGAAAUUCUGUAUAACAUUCAUUGAAACCCUUGACAUUUUUGGAGCUUAAAAACAGCUCAGUUUUUAUGACUGCAAUAUGUGAUGGAAAACAGUCACUGCAGUCUCUUGGUCUCUGAGUUUCUUGGUUAAUGUCAACCUUUUGUUGUGUUUUGUAUUACUUUACCUUGUGCAUAAUCAUUUAAUCUUUUAAACAUUUUAACUAGUGUUAACUAUGUUGUUUGUCAUUAUCAUUGUAACACCUUAAGCAUAAUGAACUUUAUAAUUAAUGGCAACAUACUGUAUGUAAUGCAGUAAUUCUUUUGCAAGAAUGAAAAUAUGGCAGGUAACAAACAGCAUUUUAUGAGACCUGUGACUAAUAUUUUGUUGAUCAAAUGAAUUUGUAAAAGGACUGGUGAGGUUAAAGCCACUUGCUGUAGUUGCGAUGCAGUAUCAGGAUGAACGAAAUGUAUCUAAAUAGCAUAGCUUAGAUGUUAUUCGCAUAGUGAUGUUUUGAAUUGAUGUAUUAGAAUAAUUGUUUUACUUUCCAAAUUGUUAAUCAAAACUUAGUGUUAGAGAUAUUUGUGUGUGUGUUUACCUAACUGUAUAUUGUACUGUUUAGCAAUAAACAAACUAACAAACAAAAAAAAAAGAAAAAAAGAGAGAAAAAAAAA